UUUAUCCAUCCGCAGCGCGCUGCCGCGGCGUCAAGUCAGGGGCCUGCGACGGGCUCUCCGAACGCAAGGACAGCGUUUGGAGGAGGAGGAGGAGGAGGAGGAGGACAAGGAGAAGAGGGAGAGAGCAGGAAGAGGGAUGAUCAGGGAGGAGCGGGGAAGAGCACCCCUAUGCCUGCGUUCGAGAAACGAAGAAGGGACCCCGCAGGCAUCUACAAGGGACCCCGCAAUCAUCUACGGGGAGUCUGGGACAGGCAGCCGGCGCCUCUCAGCGUCGGGAUGCAAAUGGCACUCAUGACUCGGGAGCUACUGUCUGGACUGGGCGCGCACCGUAUUCCGGGAAAGUUACACAUCGCUGCCGAAUGUUACUGUCUAGACUGGACGCGCACCGAAUUCCGAGGCAGCUGCACGCAUCGGAGGAUGAGCAAGAGGAGCAGAGUCCAAGACCUCCUGGAGUGAAGGAAGAAGCGGGAGGAGGACGAGGAAGAUGAUGACAAGGACACGCAACUACACAACUACAAAGCCAUGCGACCCUGCAGACGCAGCUCAAGCUGCAAGGGUACCAGGUAUUGCGACUAAGCAACUAAGGGCGACGCACAACCUGCAACCGGCAAUUCCCAUGCGCUGGGGGCGGAUCCCCCACGCGGGUUAACUUUGCCCUAACUAAAGCGACAGAGGGUACGCUGCCGAGUGGAGGGUGGAACAAAAACGAGAGAAUGGGGCAACAAGCGAAAGUGAGAGAGAGAGAGAGAGACGCGAGGACGAGGGCCGAGCACCGAGCACGGCGCCCCCCAAAAGACGAGGCGCGCGGAGGGCGCGGAGGAGGCGCGCCACGGCGCCAGGGCGCGCCGCAGGCCGCGGAGGCCGCGCCCCCCACCCCGGAGGGGGGGGGGCGGAGGAGGAGGAGGAGGAGGAGG